UUUAAACGCGUCAAUGUCAGAAGAACCUCAGACUUCACAAGCGCAGAUAGAUCUUGGCGAGCGCGUGCGCCCCCGUGGGAAAAUUCUCGAGACACUUUUGCGCGUGGCAUUAGAUCUUCACCUGAGAUAAAGGAACAGUUGAAACACCACAAAACCCUGAAGUUGGACUUUUAGUCUGACUUGGUAGUUUCAGUUGCUGGAAAUUCAAUAUUGUCCAGGUGCAUUGGAAGCACCCUCCUGCUCAAGGGGGCGUGUGAACAUUAUUCGUCCACGAUGAGAGCGCUUUUCCCGGUUUUUGUGUAUUGCAUCAGCCUGCUCUCCUCACAUUUGCUGGCUCAACCGGUGAGAAACAGGUCGGACUUCAUGACAAGACUCCAUCAGCUAAGAGAGGAAAACAGCAUCUCCGCAGAUGUUACUGAGAGCCCAAACACCGACCAUGGCAUCUCCAUCGACCGCACCAUUCUAUGGAGGGCCAUUCUCUCCAAAUCUCCACCUUCAGACACAACAAGAAACCAACUCCCCAUUGGUCAACCAAGAGCAGGAGAGUCCACCGAAACAGGAGAGAACCCUAGACACAGAGGUCGUCGCCAUGUGCACUCAAAAGGCCACCACAACCAUCAUCACGGCCAACUGAAGCGCGUCGGAUGUGUCCUCGGUACCUGCCAGGUGCAAAACCUCAGUCAUCGCCUUUAUCAACUGGUCGGGCAAAGCGGACGCCAAGAGUCGCCCAUUAACCCACGCAGUCCACACAGCUAUGGAUGAAGAUAGAGGGGCGUCCGGCUAAAACUAAGACCAAGAAAACAGCGUUACACAUAUCUGUCCUGGUGUUUGUUUAUUUUAUUGCAAUAGGAUACUGCUGUAGUACUCUUUCCUCCUCUCUGCCCUGGUUUUCUGGAUUGUAUACUGUGCCUUUUUGGACAGAAAGGACCUCUUGUUACUUGAUGGCGAAUUUUGAAUUGAAACACUUUGACCCUAGCCUCCCAUUUUUCGGUACUCAAACUGAUUCUUUAUUUUCAUAUUGUCAUUAAAUCUUCAGAUAAGAGAUUAUUCCGCAUCACGUCCCGACUCAUCUAAGGCUGUUAACUUCUACACCACUGAUCAAACCGCCUGAGCCUUUAAUGUGGAUUUCAGCAAGGUGUGGGAUUGGAUUUCUGUCAAUGUGAGGCUCAUGUGUUCCAAAAAAAACUCUGAACCCUCUCACCUUGUGUCUCCAGAAGACUAUUAAGAAGAAAGCAGACUUCGGAGGUGGUGCGCGACCACCAUCUGAUACCUUGUCACUUGAAUAGCUACUGCAACUUUGGGUUUAAAUGUUGGGUUUUAGACAAUGGUGAAUUGUCUGAAUUUAUAAACACAGUGGUCCCUUGGUUGAACCCACAUAACAAUACAGUAGCAAUCGCAGCUGAAUCCGGAUUAACACAUUGUUGCUUCUCCGUGUGCUUUGAGGGUCUGGCGCCUGAAAAAUUACACUUCACGUGGUUUAUAAAGUCACAUGAAUGAGUUGUAAUCCGCAAGUUCUCAGUUUCAACUCCUGCUGAGCUUUGCUGCAUUUUAUAAACAGAAGCAAGACUUUUUGGAGCAAUUCUAAAUGAUGGUCAUAAUUCAUCUAUAAAUACCCAUAACCAAGGUUACAGCUCCAUAAUAGAGCCUUAAACUAGCUUAAGGGCUGCUUGAAAACCAUUUUGAUUGCCAAAACACUUUAAAAAAAAAUAUUAUAUAAAAAAAAAAAAAAGCAUUUCGUCAUGAUUUACUCAAAGUUCCAAACUGGUAUGUCUUUGUCAUUCUGUGGAACACAAAAGAAGAUAUUUUGAAAAAUGUCCAUACAGUGUAAGUCAAAGGGAUCUGAAGUUGGUUUUGGACCCCAUUCACUUUCAUUGUAUGUACACAAGCAGUAUUUUUAGCAAAUUGACCAAUUCUUAAUAUCAUAAAUGCCCUUACAUUUUUUCUUAACACACGUUGACUGGCGUUGCUUAAGUAAUUCUCAAAGUCAUUCUUGUGACUCUAAUUAAAGACUCUAGUUCUACCAAAAUUUGAGGAGCAGGCUUUCCAAGUCUUUCGGGAAAAUGGCCUUACCAGAAGCACUCUUCCAACCGUGUCAUGUAUUUUAAGAAUUCCCUUAUGUUAUAAUAAUCAUGUCUGAAUACGUGGGUGGAUACACACACCAAAAAUACCCAACAGGCGCGGGAAAAGUACCUGUAAAAACGACCAAUUUAAUUGAAACCUUUCAGAAAAGUUCCAUGCCUUUUGGGGGUCUGUGGAUGUCGGGGAAUGCUGUGAGACAUCAAAGUACAUGUCAGAGGAUUAAAAUAGCAGAAGUAAUCCCAAAAAUCCUACUUAAACUUCAAAAACUCAAUCCCAGCUAGGUAUCCAGGCCAAACUCUCCCAAUAUGUGAUGUAUGUUAUAGGACAGCUUGCUUUCAAAUGGCUCCAGAAAGGCAGAGAACCGACCAAAAAACCUGAAUUUACUUGAUACCUUUCUGCGCAUUGGCAUUAUACUGUUCAUUUAUCUUAAAACGGGCUGGAAUUGGUGUUCGUAACUGUAAAAAAGUAUUUUUUUUUCUUGUCAUGGCUGAUUCUGAUGAUGAUGAUGAUCAUAGGAAGUAGUAAUCGCUGGUGCUUUGGUGCUAAUCUGCUCAAAGGCUCUCUAUAUUUCCGACUCCAUUCUCUCUGCUGUAAUCGAUUUGAUUGAUGUCUCGUGACUUAUCAUAAUUAAAAGGCUUUUAAACUGCUGGGAGCCUGGUUAAUCUGUACUUUUUGCACAGGGAGAGCCUCUUAACCUGCCUCAUGUUGACUUCUAUAUUGAUCACAUUCCUUUUUUUUGACUAUUUAUCUAUCUAUUUAUUUAUUUUUGGAUGAGUUGUUGUGAACGUCUUGGUGACAUGGGUUGGAAGGUUACAAGUGCGUCAGUAUCUGGCCCUGAUCGUUCUGUGUACGUGUGUGUUUUUGUAUGCUGCCUCUGUGUAUUGCGUAUUUUCGUAACCUUUGUCCCCCUUUAAAGCCCUGCUUGGUUCAUUGAGUAAAACACAAGCGUUAGCUUUCAUGCUAAUGUGCAUGUGUUUGUGAUGAAGGAGCACAGAGAAAGUUAUGAAUCUGUGUCCUAAAGACGUGUGUGCAUGUGUGAAUGAACGUCGUCCUGGCCAUGAGCAUAACUUUACAUGUUUUAGUUGAUAUUAAGGGUCAGCUGUGCUGUUACUACCAUGCCUAGCACUUUAAAGCAAGAGCAUGUUUUUAUUUUUGUUCAGAUUUGUGAGAUUUAUGUACUGAUUUUGAGGAGGAUCUGUAUGAAUGUAUUUUGAAGGGCGUUAGCACACCGAAUGAGAACGUACUCAGUAUCAUGUACACAAUCUUUUGUGAAUACUAUUAUUAGGUAUGGUAUUUAAGUAUUUAUGUUUGCAUUUGUGUAUCUAUGUCACCAAAGACGUUAUUUAUCGCAUUCAGUGUUUUCUCACACCUCAGAGCUGUCCUCUGGGUACGAAAAAAUAGACUAUAUUUAGGGAAGACAAUAAAAUAAUUUGUCACACCCAAA